UGUGUGUGUGUGUGUGUGUGUGUGUGUGUGACUCUGUGUGUGUGUGUGACUGUGUGUGUGUGUGUGUGUGUGUGUCAGGUGAUGGAGGUGUCCUCUCACAGCCUCUUCCUGCUGCAGCAGCUGAAUGUUCAGCGUGAGUUUGGUUUCCUGUGUGACUGCACCGUUGCCAUCGGUAACGUUUACUUCAAAGCUCACCGCGCCGUGCUGGCCGCCUUCUCCAACUACUUCAAGAUGAUCUUCAUCCACCAGUCCAGCGAGUGCAUUAAGAUCCAGCCCUCGGACAUCCAGCCGGACGUGUUCAGCUACCUGCUGCACAUCAUGUACACCGGCUCCUGCCCCACGCAGCCGGUGGAUCAGAGCCGGCUGCAGGACGGCAUCAAGUUCCUGCACGCCUACCAGCUGUGCCGCAAAGCAGGCGAGUCCGAGGCAGACCUGCUCCGCAUGUCCAACCUGUACGGCAUCCAGAUCUCCUCUCAGCUGGCCAACAAGGAGGCGGGAGCCCCAAAGACCUCCUGCAGCGAUGAGGUCCCGUCAGAGCGCCAGGACGCCCCCCCGCGCACCGUCUGCUCCGUGGCCUCCGGAGACGACUCGGACAUCUCGGCUCGCAUCAAGCAGGAGCGGGUGGAGGAGGGGGGGGAGGAGGGGGAGGGGGGAGUCCUGUUCAAACAGCUGGUCCUGAUGUGUCCGCGCUGUGGAGACUGCUGCUCCUCCCCCGAGGACCUGAGGGAGCACCUGUUCAGACAUGGGGAGGAGGGGGGUCAGGAGGAGGGGGAGGCAGGGUGUCUGCAGGAGGCGCUGAGGCAGAGCCAGGCGCUGGCCAAUCAGCUUGCUGCAGAGCUCAGGAGGAGUCGGGGGGGCGGGGUCAGCCCGACUCCUGCUGCCAGAAAACGUAAAAUCUCCUGCGCCGUCUGCAGCCGUCGCUUCGGCCACCGGGCGGCGCUGCAGGAGCACAUGUACUCUCACACCGGCCGCCCGGCGCGCUGCAGACACAGAGGCCCCGCCCCCUGCCGCCCGGAGGGGGGUGGGGCCUCGUUGGGGGGGGGCGGCGCCCUCUGAGGACACCAACAGAGACCAUCAGGAUAACGGCAGCUCCUGCUACUCUCUGGACUCGGAGGUCUCUCAGGAGAGCGUCGACGGACCUCCUGUGGAAUGACUGCAGGCCUAUCUGUGCAGAGAUCCAGAUCUUCCACUCUCACCUGAGGACAGUGAAUGCCUCACGGUGAGACAGCGAACGCCUCACAACGCCUCACGGUGAGACAGUGAACGCCUCACGGUGAGACAGCGGACGCCUCACGGUGAGACAGCGGACGUCUCACGGUGAGACAGCGGACGUCUCACGGUGAGACAGCGGACGCCUCACGGUGAGACAGCGGACGCCUCACACUGAGACAGCGGACGCCUCACACUGAGACAGCGGACGCCUCACGGUGAGACAGCGAACGCCUCACGGUGAGACAGCGAACGCCUCACGGUGAGACAGCGGACGCCUCACGGUGAGACAGCGAACGCCUCACGGUGAGACAACGGACGCCUCACCCUGAGACAGCGGA